UGCCAGUUCGGCAACUAACUCCGACUCGCGGUGGUUGUGGCUCGUUUCCUUCGUCUUCCUCGGCUCGCCUUUCGGAUUCGCAUCCAUCGAUUCGAUCAUUCACCGCGCGCAGGGAGGAGCAGCCGCAGCAGCAAAGCAGCGCCGAGCAGCUCCGCCGAUGGCCGCCUUUCUGGGGGCCGUCCGAUGCGCUCCGAGCGUGGCCCGCCUGGCCCCGUACGGGCGCCGAUUUCGCGUCUCCGGCCCCGCGGUCUCGCUUCGCCGGCGCGGUUCGUCUCCCCUGAGGCUUCACUCUCGAGCUUCUCUCAAUUCUUCGGCUGAAGAUGCGGGAGGGAUUAGGCGUGGCGGAGAGUCGGACUCCGAGAUCAUAUUUAUGGGAACUGGGACCAGCGAGGGGAUUCCUAGAGUGAGCUGCUUGACGAAUUCUUCAAAGAAAUGCCCGGUAUGCUCAAAAGCCAUUGUGCCAGGGAACAAGAAUAGGAGACUAAACACAAGCAUUCUCAUUCGAUAUCCUGGACCAACCGGGAAAUGUAAUAUUCUCAUAGAUGCUGGAAAGUUUUUCUACCAAAGUGCUCUUCAAUGGUUCCCUGCGUACGGGAUAAGAACAAUUGAUGCGGUUAUAAUUACUCAUUCUCAUGCUGAUGCCAUUGGAGGUCUUGAUGAUCUUCGAGAUUGGACUAAUAACGUCCAGCCACAUAUUCCAAUUUAUGUAGCCAAUCGUGAUUUUGAGGUGAUGAAGAAAACUCAUUACUAUUUAGUGGAUACCAGUGGCAUCAUACCUGGUGCUGCUGUCUCAGAAUUGCAGUUUAACAUAAUGCAGGAGGAGCCAUUUGUGGUGAAUGAUCUGCAGAUAACUCCUUUGCCAGUGUGGCAUGGACAAGGUUAUCGUUCUCUUGGUUUUCGGUUUGGUAAAGUCUGCUACAUCAGCGAUGUUAGUGAAAUACCAGAAGAAACAUAUCCUCUUCUCAGGGACUGUGAUAUCUUGAUAAUGGACGCAUUAAGGCCUGAUCGCUCUUCUUCAACACAUUUUGGCCUCCCUAGGGCUUUGGAAGAGGUCCGGAAAAUCCAACCAAAGCGAACGCUUUUCACUGGUAUGAUGCACCUGAUGGAUCACGAAGCAGUGAAUGAAGAUCUUAAAAAGCUCUUGGAGACGGAGGGCAUUGACGUACAGCUAAGCUAUGAUGGACUCCGCAUCCCUAUAAUGCUCUAGCCUUAAAGUUUGACACGAGUCUCGUUUUUUAAUCAGAUGAAACUGUGAUGAAUAAACACCUCAGUGUUGACUAUUGAGGUCAUUUUAGAAAUUCUUUUAUCAGACGAAUUGAGCAUUGAAGCAAUCAGCUGCAACUCCAUCUCUAUUCUAAUGUUGGUGUUGAUGCAGUUCAUGAAUAAUAUAUUCUGGAAAUUUUUUCUGGCUGUUUCCUAGCGAGAGGCUGGUUCUUUGAA